AUGUCGACGCCGUUGGCCAUGUUCGAGCACACGCAGGACAUUUCGCUGCCUCUCGGUUCCGCAUCGUCGUAUCCUGGAAACCUUGCAGUUUGCUACCUGGACACCCGCAACACCACAUUUGCUGCAGUCACACAAAACACAAACGUUGGUUUCGUCCAGCAAUUGAAACAAUUGAAAUUCACUCAGUUCAUUUUUAAAGAUUUUGCUAGAAUUUCUAAAAUUUCAAACACUUAAUGAGACCCAAAACACCCUGAGAAAGCCUUCCGCUUUUGAAUUUUUUAAGUGCCUGAAACAGUGACUUCAGGUGCAUGUUGCUCAUUGGGAUACUCGCAGUGAUGUUGUCACUUGGGAAUCUUUCAAUAUUGUCGACAUGGCCACCGAAAAGUCCAUUACCAUCACUCACGUCAGUAACUAACUCUAAUUGAAAUUCAAGAAAAUAAAGGUCGGGCUGGUUCAUCCAAACGCCCGGUCUCUGCCUCUUUUGGUCGUCGGCACAGUUAUGGGGACGCAAGUUUACGACGUUCGCACUCAUCGGCUUCUCAUGCAAGUGAACUUGAGUGCGGUUCUCAAAGUGUAUCCCACACCUACUGUUUAAAUUUUUUGAACUGCUUGUAGAACUCCGAACCAGGAAAAAACGAUAUUGGAGCUUAUUGUCGAGGCAUUUCAUGCAAUGACAACACCAUACUUGUCGGUAAAACUUCAUUUCUUGCAUUCAAAGAAAUAUUCACCGACAAAGACCUUUUUGAUAAACAAAGGCAAAAAUCAGAGCGUUUUCAAAUCGAAACAUCUCUUCUACCGCUGAAUGAAGCCAUUGAUAAUUUUUAUAGUUUUAGAAGAGUGUAAAAAUGAAAAUUUAGGACGAAAGUUGUUUAGGUACUCAUGUUGGCGACAUUCUAAUUCUGAUGUGCAAUGGAGAAACUUCGAUCUCUACCAGGAGAAACUUGAAAGUAACUUUGAAUUGACUUGAAAGAAACUCAACCGAAGAAACAACCUGCAGUGUUUGGUUUUUUUGAUGAAUGUUUUGAGUAUUCAGACAUUUAAAAAAGAAAGUAGCAAAGCUCAAAAAUGUAUGCAUUUAUCUCAAAAACAUUUUUGAAAUGUUUUUUUUAAAUCUAUAAGACUAGAAAAAAAUUUCCUUUUUUUCAGUAUUUUUUUCUAGAAAUAUAAAUUAUCAAGUACACAUUUAAAAACUUGACACAUUAUGAAAGUAUUGCUCAAUUUUCUUCUAGGAACACAACGAUUCGAUCGCAGACAUCGCAACGUGUCGUUUCGACGAAAUAACCUGCAGUGCUACAAACGCUGGCGAGAUAAUUGUAUGGCAGAAGCCGGUUAAGGGAGUCCAGUCACGAAUCGACACCAAGUGAGGGUCAAUUAAAACAAAAGGUCAUCCGCAUCCUCAUGAAGACAAUCGCUGAGCUGCAUCAACGUCCUUCGGAAGCAAGUGAUAGCCGGAACGAUGAGGGGCGUCUUGCUGUUCUAUUCCGUUGUCAGCGGAGACCUAAUGGCUGAAGUCAGAUUUUCCAGACGAAGUUGAAGAAUAGUUCCCUGCAGGUCCACGCCCAUGCGAGACUUAUAACAAGUGUGUCCGUGGCACCAGAGAGCGCCUAUGUGAUGAGUGCUUCGGAAGACAGCACCUUCAAAGUUUACAAACUUCACACUCGCAAGCCUCAUGCUUAUCAGGUUUUUUUCCUUCCUUUGUGAGAAAUUUGUGGGAAUGGGGUUCAGGUAGAAUAUCGCUACGGAAAGAGGCAAAAGGACCACUGUAUCGUUGGAGCACAGUUCACAAACGGCCGAGGCAGCGCAAUCGCAAUUUCAUCUUAUGAUAGGACCACCCUUGCCAUGUACAAAAUCAUCAAGAAAGUGUCUGCUACUGAGUAG